AUGUUAACAUUUAAACCUUAAGAGGGUAAUAUAAUGCAUGUUUAUGAGAUGAAUAGUAUAAAUAAAUAAUUCACUAAAACUAAACAUAUUAUUCUUAAUUAAGGUAAUGAUGGUACUGUAUUCUUUCCAUAAUAAUACAUUAAAUCAAAAUAGCUAUUAAUAAAUAAACAUGAUAAUUAUAUCAAUAUUAUAUCAAUGACACAAAAUGGACAAAAUCUCCUUGAGUAAUCUAUUCAAUUUGGAACACAUCAUAUAUUUGGGUCAUUAAGUGAUGAUGGAGACUACUUGAUAACUUGGGAUAACUCAUCACACGAAAUAUAAAUUAGAAAAUACACACAAAAAUGA